AUGAAAAGUGAAAAUGUGCCAGAAAUAUUUGGAAUAAUAGAUGACAGUGUGACAAUUCAGCAAAGUACUCUUUUAGUGGAAUCACCGAUACAAAGUAUCAAUUCAGCGAUUAUUAACGUGGAACACGAUGAAAUCGAUCAUGUUUGUACAACGGAUAAAAAAAUAAUUGAAAUUUUACUGCAAAAAUAUAAAGCACAUAAAACUCCAUCAGAGGAAGGUGUCAAUGUUUGGAUUGAGGUUUGGGUACAAGAAGUAAAUUCAGUAAACGAAAUGACAUCUGAUUUUGACAUGGAUAUCUAUGUAACUGAAUUAUGGGUUGAUAAAGCACUCCGAUACGAUGAUAUGAAUCCAUGUAAAUAUAAUUUAUCACUUAACAAUGAGAUUUUAGAACAAAUUUGGAAACCUAAUACAGUAUUCGUUAAUAGUAAAUCAGCCACUAUUCACAAAUCACCAUUUACCAAUCUUUUCCUCAUGAUUUAUCCAAAUGGUACUGUAUGGGCUAAUUAUAGGGUACAGGUAAAAGGUCCAUGUCAAAUGGAUUUCACAUCAUUUCCAAUGGAUGAACAAACAUGUUUAUUGACAUUUGAAAGUUUCAGUUAUAAUAAUCAGGAGGUUAAUAUGCAAUGGAUUAAUACGAAAGAACCAUUAAUACUGCUAAAAGAUCAAAUAAUUUUACCUGAUUUUGUGCUCAGCAACUAUAAUACAUCAAUCGAACAUGUGACAUAUCCGGCAGGUAUUUGGAAUGAGUUAACGAUGACAUUUACAUUUACUAGACGCUAUGGAUGGUAUAUAUUUCAAGCAUAUGUCCCAACUUAUCUUACCAUUUUUAUCAGUUGGAUAAGUUUUUGUCUCAGUGUCAAAAUGAUCCCAGCACGUACAAUGCUUGGAGUUAAUUCACUUCUUGCACUUACCUUUCAUUUUGGUAAUAUUAUGCGAAAUUUGCCUCGUGUUAGUUAUGUUAAAGCAUUUGAUGUUUGGAUGUUAUCGUGCCUUUCAUUCGUAUUUUGCUCACUUCUUGAAUUAGCUAUCAUUGGUGCAAUUAAUGCUCGCAGUGAAACAAAUGCUGUAAAAAAACCUCUCAAGAAACGUAGUCGAUCAUCUUCAGUACAUGGUAGUCGAAAAUAUUCACCGAUCAUAUAUCAUAAAGUAAUUGAUAAUAACCUCAGUACAAGAAGUAUCAGGUAA